CCCAGUACGAGUCAAGUCUUCGCUUGUUUUUCCAUCUUGCAUUCUUGGGCGACCCUCCCAUCUUUAGCUCAUCAGGGCAGAAACUGGUUGGAUGAUGAAGCAAUUUUGACGAGACGUUCAAAGCAAUCAAACAUGUGAUGCUUUUGAGUCCCAUGGUUCGUUCAGAUUCAGACAGAAGGGAAUUUCUGGAAAACUGAAUCUGUUGCUCUGUUCCAAGGGAAGAAACUGAUUCGGUCUAUCCACUGAUUUAUCCUUCGGUUUUAUCAUUCAUCCAUCUUCCUUCUCCAACAAGUGCAUGUAAUCUAACAACCGCAUCUACUACAAGAAUAUGCGCGGAUCUUAACAAUCUUCAGCAAACCUUAAGAUUUGAAGUACAAAGGAUGCAAUCGGUGCUUAUGAUUGAACAUUGACUUUUGCUACAAUAUUCUUCUGAAAUAUUGAAGUCAACAGGUCAAAGAGAAAUGGCGGAGAUUGCUGUUCUUCUUGUCGUAAAAAAGAUUGGCAUUGCUGUGGCAGGGGAGACCCUAAAGUUUGCUGGACCCGUGCUUGCAAAGAAAUCUGAGUUGGUAGCAGCACUUCCAAAUGACAUGAGACUGAUUAAGAAUGAACUCGAGCUUAUUCAUGCGUUUCUUAAGGGAAUCGGCAGGAAGGGUGGGAAAGGUGAAGUUAUAGAAACUUGGAUAGGGCAAGUCCGAAGAUUGGCAUAUGAUAUGGAAGACAUUGUGGAUCAGUUUAUCUAUGUGGUUGGCAAACACAAUCAGAAAGGAUCAUGGUGGGAUUACACCAAGAAAAUUGUCAAGAAACCUCGGUCUUUGUUUUCACUAGAUGAAAUUGCCACUGAAGUUAAAAGAAUAAAUCAAGAGCUUAAACAACUAUCUGAAAGUAGAGACCGUUGGACCAGACCCUUAGAUGGCGGGACUGAUAUUCCGGUAGCAAGCUAUGAAACUGAACAAGAACUGUAUCUUCCUGGACAUGAUUACUCAAUCAAUGAUGAGGAGCUUGUAGGAACUGAUAAAAAUAGGCAAACCUUGAUUGAUUCAUUGCAUUUUAAAGAUCGAUCCUUGCGGAUCAUUGCUGUCUGGGGUAUGGGUGGCAUUGGAAAAAGCACUCUUGUCAAUAGUGUGUACAAAAAUGAAGUAUCCAACUUUGAUUGCCGUGCAUGGGUUUCUAUUUCUCAGUCAUAUAAGCUGGAUGAUGUUUGGAAAAAGAUGCUCAGAGAUCUCGCAAAAGACAAGAAAGAAUCUGAUCCUGAAAAAAUGAAUAGUGCGGACCUAAGAGAGGAAUUGACAAAAAUUCUGGACAAACAGCGGUACCUGAUCAUAUUGGAUGAUGCCUGGACGGCUGAAGUUCUUUUUAAAAUUAGAGAGGUUCUUGUUGAUAAUGGCCUUGGAAGCAGAGUAAUAAUCACGACAAGAAUUGAGGAAGUAGCUUCAAUAGCUGAGGAUGGUUGUAAGAUCAAAUUAGAGCCUCUAAAUGAGCAUGAUGCAUGGUUUGUAUUUUGCAGAAAAGCAUUUCCAAAAGUUGAAAACCAUAUCUGCCCUCCAGAGUUACAUCAGUGCGGUAUAGACAUAGUGGAGAAAUGUGAUGGUUUGCCAUUAGCUCUCGUGGCAAUAGGGAGCAUAUUGUCGCUAAAAAUGAAGAGUGCCAAAGAGUGGAGGCUCUUUUAUAAUCAGCUUAUUUGGGAGGUACACAGCAAUGAGAACCUGAAUCAUGUGGAGAAAAUUCUAAAUCUAAGCUACAAAUACCUACCAGACUAUUUGAAGAAUUGUUUCCUGUAUUGUGCUAUGUUCCCAGAAGACUAUCUGAUAUAUAGAAAGAGAUUGAUUAGAUUGUGGAUCGCUGAAGGGUUUAUUGAACAAAAAGGAACAUGCAGCUUAGAAGACAUCGCUGAAGGUUAUCUGGGAGAACUUGUCAGACGGAGCAUGCUUCAGGUUGUAGAGAGGAACAGUUUUGAUAGGAUUAAAUGUCUCCGAAUGCAUGACCUUGUGCGUGAACUAGCCAUUUUCCAAUCUAGAAAAGAGAGUUUCAGUACAACUUAUGAUGACAAUCACUGGGUGAUACAGGCGGGAUUGGAUUCUCGUCGUGUGUCGGUGCUCCAAUGCAGCAAGGGCAUCCCAUCAAUCAUAGAUCCCUCCAGGCUUCGCACUAUCAUAGCGUUUGACACCAGCAUGGCAUUAUCUUCGUGGUAUUCUUCUAGUCCCUCACAAUCUAAGUACCUUGCGGUAUUAGACUUGUCAGGAAUGCCUAUUGAGGCUAUUCCCAAGUCUGUUGGCGAGCUGUUCAACCUUAGGCUUUUAUGCCUUGAUGACACAAACGUGAAGGAACUCCCUAAAUCUAUUACAAAACUUCAAAAUUUACAAACAUUGAGUCUUGAGGGUACACAAUUGCUGAGUUUCCCGCGAUGGUUUUCAAAACUGACGAAACUGCGGUACCUUGGUGCUUCACGAUUGCUUGAUGUAACAUACAGCAAUUUCAUUGCUUGGGAAUCUGUGGAGCCAUUUAAGGGCUUUUGGAAUUUGAAUGAAUUGCAAACUUUGUUUUCCAUUAAAGCAAGUGAAGUCUUUGUUGCAAAACUCGGAAAUUUAUCCCAGCUGAGGGCCCUUCUCAUUACGGAUGUAAGGAGUAGCCACUGCGCACAAUUGUGCGACUCUUUAUCAAAGAUGCAGCAACUCUCAUUAUUACACAUAAGAGCAUGCGACGAAGAUGAAGUGCUCCAGCUGGACGAUUUGACAUUUCCAAAUCCUCUUCAAAAGUUUUUAUUGUGGGGAAGAUUUUCAGAAGGAACUUUGGAAUCUCCAUUUUUCUUAAAUCACGGAAAUGCUCUUCUUCAAAUACAUCUAUAUUACUGUCAGCUCACUGAUAAUCAGUUAUCACGACUCUCUGAAUUGUCAGGCUUAACUGAGUUAUGGCUUUCAAAGGCAUACACUGGACAAAAACUACACUUCAGUGCUGGUUGGUCCCGAAACCUGAAGAGGAUUAUCUUGAUGAAUUUGCCACAUGUCAAUCAAAUAUGCAUACAUGAGGGAGUUUUGAUCAACCUUGAAGAUCUUCACAUCCAGAACCUCCAGGAGCUACGGGAUGUCCCUAUCGGUGUCGAUUGUCUUACAUCCCUCAAACAGGCAUAUUUUAUUGAUAUGCAUUCUGAUUUUGUAAGGAAUGUACAAAGGGCAAAGCUAGAUAAUAUCCCGGAUGUCUACUCGACAAUAAAAGUACAAUAUUCUUCUGAAAUAUUGAAGUCAACAGUACAAAGAGAAAUGGCGGAGAUUGCUGUUCUUCUUGUCGUAAAAAAGAUUGGCAUUGCUGUGGCAGGGGAGACCCUAAAGUUUGCUGGACCCUUGCUUGCAAAGAAAUCUGAGUUGGUAGCAGCACUUCCAAAUGACAUGAGACUGAUUAAGAAUGAACUCGAGCUUAUUCAUGCGUUUCUUAAGGGAAUCGGCAGGAAGGGUGGGAAAGGUGAAGUUAUAGAAACUUGGAUAGGGCAAGUCCGAAGAUUGGCAUAUGAUAUGGAAGACAUUGUGGAUCAGUUUAUCUAUGUGGUUGGCAAACACAAUCGGAAAGGAUCAUGGUGGGAUUACACCAACAAAAUUGUCAAGAAACCUCGGUCUUUGUUUUCACUAGAUGAAAUUGCCACUGAAGUUAAAAGAAUAAAUCAAGAGCUUAAACAACUAUCUGAAAGUAGAGACCGUUGGACCAGACCCUUAGACGGCGGGACUGAUAUUCCUGUAGCAUGCUAUGAAACUGAACAAGAACUGUAUCUUCCUGGACAUGAUUACUCAAUCAAUGAUGAUGAGCUUGUAGGAACUGAUAAAAAUAGGCAAACCUUGAUUGAUUCAUUGCGUUUUGAAGAUCGAUCGCUGCGGAUCAUUGCUGUCUGGGGUAUGGGUGGCAUUGGAAAAAGCACUCUUGUCAAUAGUGUGUACAAAAAUGAAGUAUCCAACUUUGAUUGCCGUGCAUGGGUUUCUAUUUCUCAGUCAUAUAAGCUGGAUGAUGUUUGGAAAAAGAUGCUCAGAGAUCUCCUCGCAAAAGACAAGAAAGAAUUUGAUUUUGAAAUGAUGAACACCACAGAAUUAAGAGUAGAGUUGACGAAAAUUCUAGAGAAAAGACAGUACUUGAUCAUAUUGGAUGAUGUCUGGACGGCUGAAGUUCUUUUUAAAAUUAGAGAGGUUCUUGUCGAUAAUGGCCUCGGAAGCAGAGUAAUAAUCACGACAAGAAUGGAGGAAGUAGCUUCAGUGGCUGAGGAUGGUUGUAAGAUCAAAGUAGAACCUCUAAAUGUGAAGGAACUCCCUAAAUCUAUUACAAAGCUUAGAAAUUUACAAACAUUGAGUCUUGAAGAUGCACAAUUGCUGAGUUUCCCGCGAGGGUUUUCAGAACUGACGAAACUGCGGUACCUUUAUGCUUCACGAUUGCUUGAUGUAACAUACAGCAAUUUCAUUAGUUGGGAAUCUGUGGAGCCAUUUAAGGGCAUUUGGAAUUUGAAUGAAUUGCAAACUUUGGGUAUCAUUAAAGCAAGUGAAGUCUUUGUUGCAAAACUCGGAAAUUUAUCCCAGCUGAGGUCCCUUCUCAUUUCGGACGUAAGGAGUAGCCACUGUGUACAAUUGUGCGACUCUUUAUCAAAGAUGCAGCAACUCUCACUAUUACAUAUAAGAGCAUGCAACGAAGAUGAAGUGCUCCAGCUGGACGAUUUGACAUUUCCAAAUCCUCUUCAAAAACUAUCAUUGUGGGGAAGAUUUUCAGAAGGAACUUUGAAAUCUCCGUUUUUCUUAAAUCACGGAAAUGCUCUUCUUCGAAUACGUCUAGGAUACUGUCAUCUCACUGAGAAUCAGUUAUCACGACUCUCUGAAUUGUCAGGAUUAACUGAGUUAGAUCUUUCAAACGCAUACAAUGGACAGCAACUACACUUCAGUGCUGGUUGGUCCCGAAACCUGAAGACGAUUAUCUUAGGGAAUUUGCCACAUGUCAAUCAAAUAUGCAUACAUGAGGGAGCUUUGAUCAACCUUGAAGAUCUUCACAUCUUGAACCUCCAGGAGCUACGGGAUAUCCCUAUCGGUGUCGAUUGUCUUGCAUCCCUCAAACAGGCAUAUUUUAUUGAUAUGCAUUCUGAUUUUGCAAAGAAUUUACGAAGGGCAAAGCUAGAUAAUAUCCCGAAUGUCUACUUGACAAUAAAAGAUUGACUUUGACACGGAUCAUGCUUUCACGCAUGGAUUGCAGUUACUGUCAUCAGUGUGAGAUGUCCCUCUCUGCAGAGCAACGUCAAACAAUAUAUUGUGUUCUAUAAUCUUCACUGUUUCUUUGAACAAGCGGUGUGUAAUUGUGCACGGGGCAGAUAUUUCAGUGUUGCUAUCUCAGGUUUUGUUUAAAGAGAACUAUCUCAAGCUUUUUCAUCACAACAUUCCCAUUUCUGUUAUUUAUGUUUGAUGGUACAUUCAGCCACUGUGUGAGAUAAUUAUGUAAGACAAAGUGAUGCGCAUGUAAUAAUGUCCAAGACUUACA